AUGCACAAACUCGUUAAACGCAACUAUGUGUCUCAUGACUCCCGCACUGAAGACGAAGACGACAAUAGAUCAACCGGUUCUUCGAAUGCCGACAAGGUGCGCGACACCGAACCCUACGCAUCAGACAGAGAGCACAUGCUGUCGCCAUUUUCAAUGCAACAUCGUCGGUCCUGGGACGAAGAGAUCCACAGCGGAUUAAAUCCCAUCUUCAAGGAGCUCCGCGCCCGCCAGGCCGCCAGCUACGAGAAGCCGUUCCUAACAGGCGACGAUAUCCUCGUGCUUCAUCUUGCCUCGGGACGGGGCCCGACAUAG